AGUGUUAAAAUACUGCUUGAACACACUUAAUAAAGAGGUGUUGUUUCCUAACACAAAAUAAUGUGUAGAUAGAAAAAUAACACAUUUGCAGAAAUUUUCAAAAUGCCAAUCACAUUGCCUAUCCGCCGUCCGUUGGUUUAUUUCUGCGCUUCAUGCCGAGACAAUCUCUCUUUGAACUAAAUUACUGACGAGUGACUACGGACACCAGCAGCAGAGCUGAGGGACAGCUGGAGAGACAGACAGCCCUCCAAGAAUCCUGGCCAACCCAGUGAUCAAUGGUAAUGUUGCCAUGGCGGAUGGACACAACAACACAGAGGAGGAUGACACCAGUUGGAGGUCAGAGGCAACUUUCCAGUUUGUGGUAGAGCGCUUCAGCCGCCUGAGUGAGUCGGUGCUCAGCCCAUCCUGCUUUCUCCGGAACCUACCAUGGAAGAUAAUGGUGAUGCCGCGCUUCUAUCCUGACAGGCCACACCAGAAGAGCGUGGGCUUCUUCCUGCAGUGUAAUGCAGAGUCAGACUCCACGUCAUGGUCGUGCCAUGCACAGGCCAUGCUGAAGAUCAUCAACUACAAAGACGAUGAAAAGUCUUUCAGCCGCAGGAUCAGUCAUCUGUUCUUUUACAAAGAGAAUGAUUGGGGUUUCUUAAACUUCAUGUCCUGGAGUGAUGUUACUGAUCCAGAGAGGGGCUUCAUUGAUGAUGACAAAGUCACAUUUGAAGUCUAUGUCCAGGCAGAUGCCCCACAUGGAGUGGCCUGGGACUCUAAGAAACACACAGGCUAUGUUGGACUAAAGAACCAGGGAGCUACCUGCUACAUGAAUAGCCUGCUACAGACACUCUUCUUCACCAACCAGCUACGACGGGCGGUGUACAUGAUGCCCACAGAGGGAGAUGACUCUUCCAAGAGCGUUCCCCUGGCACUGCAGAGGGUUUUCUACGAGCUGCAACACAGCGACAAACCUGUCGGCACCAAGAAACUCACCAAGUCCUUUGGGUGGGAAACACUAGAUAGCUUCAUGCAACAUGACGUACAGGAGCUGUGCAGAGUGCUCCUGGACAAUGUGGAGAACAAAAUGAAAGGCACUUGUGUUGAGGGAACCAUCCCCAAGCUCUUCAGAGGAAAGAUGGUGUCAUAUAUCCAGUGUAAGCAUGUUGAUUAUCGAUCGGAGCGGAUAGAGGACUACUAUGACAUCCAGCUUAGCAUAAAAGGAAAGAAGAACAUCUUUGAGUCAUUCAAAGAUUAUGUUGCAACCAAACAGUUAGAUGUGGACUACAAAUACACAGGAGAGCAUGGCCUGCAGGAAGCAGAAAAAGGAGUGAAGUUUCUUACCUUCCCUCCAAUCCUUCAUCUGCAGCUGAUGCGGUUCAUGUAUGACCCACAGACCGACCAAAACAUCAAGAUUAAUGACAGGUUUGAGUUUCCAGAUCAGUUACCUCUGGAUGAAUUCCUUCAGAAGCCAGACUCCAAGGACCCAGCCAACUACAUCCUGCAUGCAGUGCUAGUGCACAGUGGGGACAACCAUAGCGGUCACUACGUCGUCUAUCUUAACCCUAAAGGGAACGGCAAAUUUGUGCACUUUCCACAUGGGACAUGCUCCAACAAGAUCAUCAGCAUUCAAGACAUAGGAGAGCAUGACUGCAGCAUGUACUUACUAGAGUGGUGUAAGUUUGAUGAUGACGUGGUGUCGCGGUGCACCAAAGAGGAGGCCAUAGAGCACAACUAUGGUGGGCAUGACGAUGACCUCUCAGUACGCCACUGCACCAACGCAUACAUGUUGGUCUACAUCCGUGAGUCCAAGCUCAGCGAGGUGCUUCAGCCGAUGACUGAUGUGGAUAUCCCCCAGCAGCUUGUGGAACGUCUGCAGGAGGAGAAGCGUGUGGAGGCACAGAAGAGGAAGGAGCGCCAGGAGGCUCACCUCUACAUGCAGGUCCAGAUGGUGACAGAGGACCAGUUCUGUGGUCAUCAGGGCAAUGACAUGUAUGAUGAGGAGAAAGUGAAGUACACAGUCUUCAAGGUCCUGAAGAGCUCCACACUGCAAGAGUUUGUCCAGAACCUCUCCCAGACCAUGGGUUUCCCACAGGAUCAGAUGAGGCUGUGGCCCAUGCAGGCCCGUAGCAAUGGAACCAAGCGACCUGCUAUGCUGGACUACGAGGCUGACUGCAACAAGUCGAUGAUUGACUUGAGUGACAAUGAGAACCCCUGGACAAUAUUUCUGGAGACGGUGGAUCCAGAGAUGGCGGCCAGCGGGGCCACGUUACCCAAGUUUGACAAAGACCAUGAUGUCAUGUUGUUCUUGAAGAUGUAUGACCCUAAAACCAGAAGCUUAAAUUAUUGUGGACAUAUCUACAUACCUAUAUCCUGCAUAAUAAGAGACCUGCUGCCAGUCAUGUGUGAGAGAGCAGGGUUUCAGCAGGAAACUAGCCUUAUCCUCUACGAGGAAGUAAUGCCCAAUCUAACAGAGCGGAUACAGGACUAUGAUGUCUCUCUGGGCCAGGCCCUGGAUGAGCUCAUGGACGGGGACAUCAUUAUCUUCCAGAAGGACGACCCAGAGAACAACAGCAGUGAGCUGCCUACUGCAGAGGACUAUUUGCGGGACCUCUACCACCGAGUGGAUGUCAUUUUCUGUGACAAGACCAUCCACAACGACCCCGGCUUUGUGGUCACACUCUCUAACCGCAUGAACUAUUUUCAGGUUUGGUCUGUGCAGGUGGCCAAGACGGUAGCGCAGAGGUUGAACACAGAUCCCAUGCUGCUGCAGUUCUUCAAGUCACAGGGGUACAGGGACGGUCCAGGGAAUCCUCUCAGACACAACUAUGAGGGAACGCUGCGGGACCUGCUGCAAUUCUUCAAGCCUUGGCAGCCCAAGAAACUGUACUACCAGCAGGAGAUCACCCUCUACCCUGACAAGCAUGACUGUGUGCGGGACCUUUUGGAGGAUUGUGAACAGACAGUGGAGCUCUCUGAAAAAGGCUCUGAGAAGCUCAGGUGUCCCCAAACAGUCCAAGUCUCAGACGUGUUGGAGGGUCCAUCCUCUGGGCCCUUUGCUGGCUUCAAUCUGGAUAGGAUGGACCUUGAUCAGCUAAAGAGAGAGAAAAUAAAAAUGCAAUUGAAAGUCUUAAAGUUACAAGAGGAAUACUACACCCUGCAAAUAAAGAAAUUUAAACAAUGAAAGCAUGUCAAUAUAACCUAAUUGUAAAGUUGACUAAUUCACUCCCACAGCUUUAUUAUUAAUUGCAUAUUAUUGUCAACUUUACCAUCAUCAUUUCCAUCUGUGUCUGGUCUCCCACAGUUGAAGGCAUAGCAAUUUACUUAUAUUAAACUCCAAACAACUGCUUGGGAUCACAUUUUGGUGGCAAGUUUUAAAGAACUUUGACAUCAUGUUUUUAAGGCCCUGUUUUUCCAUUAUGAAAUUGGAUGCAAACAACAAAGCAAGUGAUGUGUCGUUGUCAUGUAAUCCCAACACACCUGUCUCUGAAAUGUGCAUGUCUUCGCCUGAAUGAACACCAUCUCCUAGUAUUUAUUUUACACUGCCAGGCCAGAUAUAACUUGCAAACAAGAUCUCAAAGGAUAGGUGUCACAUAAAGAUUGGAUUAAAAAAAAGGUUUAGACAGCUGUGGACCUCACUUUAUAUAUAGUAUGUAGUAAUGUAGUUAUUUCCUGCAUUAAGAUAACAAAUUGCUUUCACCUCCUUUAACAGUGGGAGCAAAAAUUAGUCCCCCUGAGAACUUUGGGCCAAAUGAGGCAAAUUUUAUACUCUGAGCCAGAUAUGUACAAUGUACAAUAAAACAAACUUGACCUACA